AUGUCAUACGGUCCUCCUCAAGGUCAGCCUCCGUACGGAGGGGGAUACCCUCCUCAAGGUCCAGGCUACGGCCAAGGCCCCCCUCAGCACGGUGGCUAUCCUCCCCCACCACAAGGAGGUUAUGGUGGUCCACCGCCGCAACAACAUUGGGGCGCACCGCAAGGUGGUUAUGGCGGACCACCUCCAGGACAAUUCCCUCCUCCACAACAGCACGGCGGAUACGGGCCACCGCAGGGCGGUUUCCCUCCGCCACAGCAGCAAUGGGCUCCUCCACCGGCAAUGCCCUCGCUAGGCUACGACCCCAGAGCGCAGGCACCAGGUGACGCUUCGCGCGACGCCGAUGCGUUGAGAGCAGCGAUGAAGGGAUUCGGCACGGAUGAGAACGCCCUCAUUCGGAUCUUGGCAAAACCAGAUCCUCUACAAAUAGCGUUGCUGAGAAAUACAUACAAUCAACGGCAUCGUCGUGAUCUGGAAAGAGACAUAAAGUCAGAGACGUCGAGAUACUUUUGCGAUGGAUUGGUCGCCAUCGUCCAGGGCCCACUCAUGCACGAUGUGCACUCGGUCCACGACGCAAUCAAAGGAAUAGGAACAAGAGAGGAGACGCUGAAUGACGUACUCCUCGGCCGCUCAAACGCAGACAUGCGCGCCAUCAAACAAGCGUACCACCAGACAUUCAGACGCACCCUCGAAGACGACGUAAAGGGUGAUCUUUCGAUGAAGACAGAGAGGCUGUUCAGCAUGGUCAUGGCAGCCACGAGGCAGGAAGAGUCCGCUCCCGUGAUUCCACACGAACUCGAACGAGACGUGAAUGAACUGCACCGCGCCAUGGACGCACGCAUCGGCACCGAUCAAAUCACGGUCUGCAGCAUCCUCGCGAACCGAAGCGAUGGCCAAAUCCGAGCGCUGAACCACCACUGGCAACAGAAAUAUCACAGCCAGCUUGAAAAGGUUAUUGCGUCCGAGUUUUCCGGCCACAUGAAGGAUGCUCUGUUGCUUAUGGUGCGUCGCGCGACUGACCGUGCCAUGUCGGAUGCAGAGCAACUGGAAGCUGCAAUGGCUGGCCUCGGGACCAAAGAUGUCCUUCUCGUUCAACGCGUGGUGCGUGUUCACUGGGACAGAGCUCAUUUGGACCAGGUGAAGCGCGCUUAUGCUCAUCGCUACAAGAAGGAUUUGAUCCAGCGUGUCAAGGGAGAGACUCGAGGUCACUACGAGGCUUUGAUGGUUGCAUGUCUGUCAUGA